CCCCGGGCCGCACAGACCUACAGGCCGACGGGUCCCAGGACCCGGGUGAGGGUUCUCCACUUGGCCUUCAGUAGGGGUCAAGACACAGGCACUUGCGCCAAAGGGGGGCAAAGCUGGGCUCUGCCCGAGGCCCCCAGGACCUCCAUCUCCCAAUGUCGGAGGUUUGGAACUGUGAGGCAGAAGGAAUAGAAAUUCACAAAGUACAAGCCUUGGCACCAAGCAGUUGUUUGUGACAUCUCUUGUCUAGACAAGCAGGGUUCCCUCCCAGGAGUCCAACACGUGACGGUCGGACCGACGGAUCAGACUAGAGGAGCCCCGUGAGCGUCAUGGCUCCCGAGAAGCCGCCCUGCCUUCCCUUCCUGAUGCUGCCGCUCCUGACGCUGCUGCUGCAGCAGGCAGACCCUCGGUCGUUCGUAGUGGAUCGGGAACGUGGCCUGUUCCUCUUGGACGGGACCCCGUUCCGAUACGUGUCUGGCAGCUUGCACUACUUCCGGGUACCGCGGAUACUGUGGGCGGACCGGCUUUUCAAGAUGCGAUUGAGCGGCCUCAAUGCCAUACAGUUGUACGUGCCCUGGAACUUUCAUGAGCCAGAGCCUGGAGUCUAUAACUUUAAUGGCAGCCGCGACCUCUUUACCUUUCUGAACGAGGCAGCUAUAGCAAACCUGUUGGUCAUACUGAGACCAGGACCUUACAUCUGUGCAGAGUGGGAGAUGGGGGGUCUCCCAUCUUGGUUGCUUCGGAAUCCUAAAAUUAAUCUGAGAACYUCAGAUCCAGACUUCCUUGCUGCAGUGGACUCCUGGUUCAAGGUCUUGCUGCCCAAGAUAUAUCCAUUUCUCUACCACAAUGGGGGCAACAUCAUUAGCAUUCAGGUUGAGAAUGAAUAUGGCAGCUACUGGGCCUGUGACUUCAACUACAUGAGACACUUGGCUGGGCUCUUCCGUKCGCUACUAGGAGACAAGAUCUUGCUCUUCACCACAGAUGGGCCUGACGGACUCAAAUGUGGCACCCUCAAGGGACURUUUGCUACUAUAGACUUUGGGCCAGGUCUCCUGAACAAGGGUUUGCAGUGGAGUCUGGGGAAGGGGUGCCUUUUCUGUACUGUUCAUCUUUUACCCUUGCUUCCUGCAGCUGACAACAUGACCAGAAUCUUUGCCCUGCUUCAGAAGUAUGAACCCCAUGGGCCAYUGGUGAACUCUGAAUAUUACACAGGCUGGCUGGAUUACUGGGGUCAGAAUCACUCCACACGGUCCAUUGAACCUAUAGCUAAAGGACUAGAAAACAUGCUCAAGUUGGGAGCCAGUGUGAACAUGUACAUGUUCCAUGGAGGCACCAACUUUGGAUACUGGAAUGGUGCUGAUGAGAAGGGACGCUUCCUUCCAAUAACUACCAGCUAUGACUACGAUGCACCCAUAUCUGAAGCAGGGGACACCACAUCUAAGCUUUUUGCUCUUCGAAAUGUCAUUGGCAAGUUCCAGGAAGUUCCCUUGGGACCUUUACCUCCCCCCAGCCACAAGAUGAUGCUUGGACCUUUAACUAUGCACCUGGAUGGGGAUUUGCUGGGUUUCCUAGAUUUUCUGUGCCCCCAGGGGCCUAUCCAUUCAGUCAUGCCAUUGACCUUUGAGGCUGUGAAGCAGGACCAUGGCUAUAUGCUGUACCGGACCUAUCUUUCUUAUUCCAUUUUUGAGCCAACACCAUUAUGGGUACCAAAUAAUGGAGUCCAUGACCGUGCCUAUGUGAUGAUGGAUGGGGUGUUCCAGGGUGUUCUGGAAAGAAAUACGGAUAACAAACUAUAUUUGAUGGGGAAAGUAGGGACCAAACUGGAUAUCUUGCUAGAGAACAUGGGAAGGCUCAGUUUUGGGUCUAACCACAGUGACUUCAAGGGCCUGUUAGAGCCACCAAUUCUGGGGCAAACAAUUCUUACCCAGUGGAUGAUUUUCCCUCUGAAAGUAGAUCAUUUUGUAAAGUGGUGGUAUACAUUCAAGUUGCCCAAAAGACCACAGCCUAAAGAUCCUUCUGGCCCCACCUUCUACUCCACAAUGUUUCCAAUUUUAGGCUCAGCUGGGGACACAUUUCUCUAUCUACCUGGAUGGACAAAGGGCCAAGUCUGGAUCAAUGGGUUUAAUUUGGGCCGGUACUGGACAAAGUUGGGGCCACAACACACCCUCUACGUGCCAAGACCCCUGCUGUUACCUAGGGGAGCUGUCAACACAAUCACCUUGCUGGAGCUAGAAAAUGUCCCUUUACAGCCCCAAAUCCAGUUCUUGGAUAGACCUAUCCUUAACAGCACUGUACAUAGGACACUUUCCCUCUCACCUGAUGUACAAAAUGACUCUGAACUAAUGGAGUUAAGUGGGCACUGAAAGAAAGAUAA